CGGUGAUCUUCUGCCCGUAUUAGGUUCGUUUAAGUUGCUGCAGAGAGCUACUUUUCUUCAACUUCUGGUAGCUGCCCCGUUGGCGCAGUAUCUGAGCGGUUUCCGUUUCGUACACAGUAGUAGCUGCUUUGCAUUUGAGAAGAUGGUUCCUGUGCAGCAACAGCAAUCACAGCAACAGCAAUCACAGCAACAGCAAUCACAGCAACAGCAAUCACAGCAACAGCAAUCACAGCAACAGCAAUCACAGCAACAGCAGCAGAGGCAGCCAGUGUCUGAAUACCAGACCUGUUGGCAGGGCACGCUUCAAUGGGUAGAAAAGAUAGAAAAUCCUACCAAUAUUAAUGAAAUACCAUGUCAAAUUUCAAUGCACCCAGAAGAUAAACAAGAUUGGAAUGCUGACACAUGGCCUCAGAAACUAAUCAUGCAGUUGGUGCCAAAACAACUGAUGGCAGUUAUUGAUGGAUUUGUCCUGUACAAUUCAAAUCCUCUGCACUUCCAUCCACAGAAUUGCAAUGCCCUUGGAUCUGUGGUCAAAAUUAUGCGUUAUGGUUUUGCGGGCUGUGUUUAUUUCAAGAGCAUAUCGCCAGAGGCAGAAAGUGACUUGAAAUAUGUUAUCCUUUUGUACAUAUCAGACCAGCAUGAAUUCGUGGGAUUUAUCCCUAAGAAUCAGACAACGUUAUUAGACAAUCUCAGUCGUGCCCUAAAGCAAAAAAUGCCAAGCCUGAUAUUGAGAAAUCAGUCCCAGGAGUUGGUUCUUGAGAAACGGCAUACACAGCAACAACAGCAACAACAACAGCAGCCACAGCAACAACAACAGCAGCAGCCAGAGGAGGAACACCAGACCCUCUGGGAAGGACUUCUAGAGUGGAUAGACAGGACAAAAAGUCUCAACGAUGCUGAUCAAAUAAUAAGACAUAUACCAUGUCGAAUUUCAAUAAAACCAAAGGACGGUGCACCGGACUUGAAGGCUGACUCAUGGCCUCAGAAACUAAUUGUGCAGUUGGUGCCAGAAGAUCUGCUUGGAGUUGUUGGUGGUAUUUUUCUGAAAAAUUCAAAUCCUCUGCACUUCCAUCCAGAGAACUGUGAAGCUCUUGAAUUAUUGACCGGAGCUUUGAGUUCUGGAUAUGCGGGCUAUGUCCAUUUCAAGAGAGUGACGUCGACGCCGACGUCAGAGUGUAACGUUAAGGUUAUUGUCCUUCUUUACGGGUCAUUGAGGAAUGAAUAUGUUGGAUUUGUCCCUAAUGAUGAUCCAGCGUAUAUGGCAGGUGUCCGUAGUGCCAUAAGGGAAUCGAGCCCACGCGAAGCAGCUUUGAUUCAGAAGACAGCAGAGUGGAAUACCAUGCAUCUCUCCAAAGCCUUGGGCUCUUCUGGCCCGAUUCUUAACGUUCGACGCAGCUGCCUGCUAGCUCGCUGCUCUGGGCUGCUUCACCCCCCCACAGUUCACCGCACUGGAAGCCCUCGCUCUCAGACACCAGAGCAGGAUCAACAAAUACCACUUGCGCAACAGCAGCAAUCUCAGCAGGAGCAGCAACAGCAGCAGCAGCAAGGUCCAGGAGGCACUAUUCAAGUUUGUCAGGCAGCUGGAGGUCCUGGUCCUCAACAGCCGCCAAUUGAUAACAUGGAAGUUGGUCAACAGGAAACCCAAGAAAUGCAAGAAAAGUCCCAACUUGAGCGAGAGCAGCAGGAACAGCUGCAGGCUCAACUGCGAGAAAUGUCUCUACAGUAGCAGAGUGAGGUGACACCACCGGCUCUGCAGCAGGAUGAGAAGAGUUCCUGGCACCACGUUUUCUGAAGCAUUUGAGUGAAUACUGUAUCACCAUGUAUUUCAUCAGUGUCAAAUAGCUUCUUGUUCAUUUUGAGCAACCUUACUGCUUUGCCCAAUUUUCGAGUUUCAUUAGGAAUUUGGGCAAAGAGAAGUUCAAUGUGUCUUGAAGUAUUAUAUCGUCAGGGUUCAGCAAUCCACACUUCCUUACUGAACAGCUUUAUUCCUCUGUGUGAAGACACUUCCUAAAUAUAUUGUCAGAACUAUAGGUGAUGAAGAAACUAAAGCAAAAAGUCUGUUUCAUUAUCUUUGUUAUCUGUUUUCAAACUACUGUGUGAUACUAUGUUGUAGUUUACUUUUCAUGACAAAAUGACACUAUCAUCUCUCUGACAGUGCAGUAGUUCUCUCUCUCUCUCUCUCUCUCUCUCUCUCUCUCUCUCUCUCUCUGAUCUGAAGAAUACAGUAACAAAUCUAACGUUCAUAAUUUUGACAAAUAAUGAAUUUUCAAAAGAGGACAUAGAAAUGUUGAGGUAAGCAGGAGUUGGUAUAGAGCGUGUAGUCAAACAGGAAGAUUAAAAAGUUUGCACAAAGUAGAGGAUUAAACAAAGUACUUUGACAUGAAUCUAGCAUACAUAAGUGGCAGUGAAGAGUUUAUCCUGAAAGUUAUCAUUUUUUAAUAUGGUUUCACUCAGAUGGCAUCUUUGAUCUUGCACACAUUGUUGGAGGCUCCACCUUCAGUGCAGUGUCAUUCAUUUCUUGGCAAAUUUCCUCUUUCAGAUCAUCUCUGAUUCUUGAAUGGUUCUCUUGGGAAAGUGUAGACUUGAGGUAACCCCAAAGAAAAAGGUCUGGAGCCAAUAAACCUGAUGAAUUAGAAGGCCACUGAAUAUUGCAAUUUUUGCUGGUGAGAUGACCAGGAAGAGUGGGUCUAAGUAAACCGUUAAUACUGUAGCAGUAUGACUUGUUGCACCAUCCUGCUGGAACUGUGUUUCAUCUGGAUCAUAUGCAUUGAGUUCAGGAAGAGAAAAUAUUACUGAUAAAUAUUUUCUUGGGUUUGGCUUGUUUCUCUUCAUACUUAUUGAUACACAGUUUAGUUCAAUGAUAGGCUUUGCAAACUUUAGCACAUUUCUGUCACCUCUAAUUGAAAAUUGCUCAGUCCUUUUACAAAUAUCAAUAAUCAAUAAAAUAACCAUACAUAUUGUGAGGCUCACUGCAAACUUUGCCACACUGACACAUAGUAACUGUACAUUUUAACUACCAGUUAUUGACUUACUAACAACGUGACUGUUCUAACUGAAUACCAACUGCAGGCUGACUAAAAAUUACUUGAUGAUACAUAGAUUGUUUCAAAUUGUUUUCGUAUUUCGACUGACAGAAGCUUUGUACAUGAAGCCUGUUUGUAGAUGUUGUACGAAAGAAAUUUACAAAUUGGUAAACUAUUAAGCUGUUACAUUUGAUAUUAACAUAGAAGACAGGAACAUUAAAAGGGACAAAUAUACAAUAGGCAGAGAAAUAAGUUUGUUUACCCAAAAGGUGUACAAUUAAAAAAUGACAGAAUUACCGGUAGUGUUUUAUGAGACAGCAGUUCAGUGUGGAAGCGGAUUCCCUGAGUUCACCAAAAGUUUCUAGAAAGUGAAAUUUUCUAAUUUGAAUAAGUAGCAUAUUAACAGGUUAUCUAAGUGGCAGUAUACAUUUUUGGCAACAGAAAAAUCAGGACUACAAAACUAUAGCACUGGAUAUUUUGGAAAAAAAAUUCAUUUUAAGAUUUGAACACUCUGGAACACGAAAAUUAUGAAUAUGAAUAAAUUUUCAAAUAAUGCAUUUUCAGAAAGAGUAAGACAUUUGUUGAAAAGAGGAGAAUGAGGGCUUUUGAUUGAGCUAUUGCAAUCCAAAAACAAACAGUUUUUAUCACUUUAGAAUUCUGAAAUGCACAAGUCCUAUAGGUAUCAUAAAUUAUGAAUAUUUCUUUAAAUAAAUGUUUCCAUGAGAACUAAAUAUAUUGUUAGCAUCAUUAGUAUGAAAACUAUCAUGUGAAUAAUAAAGCUUUAUGAAAUGUAGCAUGAAUAAGAAAUUAGUUACUUUAUGGAAAUAUUGUAUAUGUGCCAGUAGUGAAAAAAUAACUGAAGAGGAAAAAUAAUCUGUUGAAAUCCAUAGUCGUUCAAUAACAAGUAGGAUGAGCCCACCUUACCCUAUUAUACACUGCUUCUCAACAAAAGUAAGUUGUAAAGUAGAAUAGUAGAUAGUAAAUAGUAAAGUAGGAUAGCUGACUUCAGACUCAUUGAGAUAGGCAUGUGCAUGAAUAUUUUCUCUUCUGAUUUGCUGAAACAUAUUGUAGCCAUUCAACUUCAUAGUUUUUUAUGGAUAACCCGUAAUGUACCUCCCUCACCAGUACCAACUAUGAACUGACUGAAAUCAAUUUACAGAAUUUGUAUAUCCUGAAAAAUAAAUAAAUUGUGUAUAAUCUCAUUUU